AUGCAGCCUUACCAAUACCAACCCCUGCCCUAUAGCACCGGUAUCAGAAUUCUAAUCUUACAUCCCGCAGCUAACAAAUCGUCAGCUCUUGAAUGCGAUAUCAUCACUAAGGAUCGUCUUACACUUCUACGUGAUCCGGACAAUAAGUCUUUCGAUGCCGUGUCCUAUGUCUGGGGCAAUGGCACGCAUGACAUUCCACUCUACUGCAAACACGAAGGAACGUACCUCUACAUUUCUGCCGUUGUUGAUGAAAUGCUCCACAAUCUGCGAAAGACUUGCGAAGAGAGACGACUCUGGGUCGAUGCCAUUUGCUUGAAUCAGAAAGACAAUCAAGAAAAGAGCAUCCAGGUCCAGCAGAUGGGUCAGAUAUAUCACAUGGCGGACAAAGUUCAUAUCUGGCUUGGGCCCGCUGAGGCGACUACACGAUUGUCCUUUGCCUUCCUUCGAACCCUUGUCGCAAAGUUUGAGCCAUUGCCUGGUCAAGCCAAGGAUCCAACAACAGAAGAAAUUUUCCAGACCUUUGAAGAAACAUUUCAACACCGCGACUUCCAAUCAUUCCUCAGCCUUCUGCAGAAGUCCUGGUUUACUCGACGUUGGACUCUACAGGAGGGCUUCUUGGCAAGAGACGCCAUACUUAGAUGUGGCGAUAGCAAAGUCUCCUGGCACUGGUUCACUGAAGGACUGAAACACAUCCAAAGAAGAUCUGAGGAACUUCAAGGUAUACAGAACGACCAUAGCGCUUUGUAUGCUCUCAAUGUUUUGGAAAUGCUUCGAAAGCCAGAAGACCUCUUAUCUCUCCUCUGGACCUUGCAUAUGAGUCAAUGCUCGGACCACAGGGACAGAAUCUAUUCACUACUUGGCCUUGCACAGAAAAUGGAUCCAGUGGCCCCUGCUGCCCCGGAUGUCAACAGUGAGUCUGAACCUGACAACUCGAAUCAAGACCUUCCCAUCCCAGACUAUGCACUCAGUACAGAUGUGGUAUUUCGCAUGUUCGCUAGCCACUGCAUUUCUACUGGUCGGCUAUUGCAAAUUCUUUUACACAUUGAUGGAUUUGGCCGCCUAUCAGAAGCCAACCCAAAAUGGCCUUCAUGGGUUCCGAACUGGACAACAGCAAGAGACAGAAAAGUCCAUUCGCCGACAGCUAUGUCACGAAAUGUACCACCCUUUCAAUCAAUUGACAGGAGACCCCUUCUCGCCUUCUUAGGCGACCAUUACCUUUGUCCUCAGACAAUUUACUACUCAAAUGGCAACCAUCAUGGGCUACUUAUCUAUGGCAGUUCCUUUCUGGAGACCGUCAAAAUUUGCGAGGAAUGGCCAAGGAGCAGGGAUAGUGAUCAUCUGGUGAAGUACCUGACCGAUUGGAUCCAUCAAGAAACCAUCUUACACCUAUCAGAUGUGGGGGACCUGGACUCUCUAAGUAUGGAAAGAAAGGUUAACGAGCGUUUAUGUUUUCUUAUUGCCGGCACUGAAUUCUUUGGGUAUGCGAAACAUGUAUUUUUCUCGGAUAGCGUGGACACAAAGCCUCGUGACUGGUGGUCUAGGAAAAGCUUCAUCGAAAUGCUCGAGGGGCUGUACUGGCCAUGGGCGUCACGCGUCGCAAAUAUACUAUACCCAAUCGAUGGAAAAGGAUUCCCUUUCAAUCAUUACACCAGGGAAGAGAUACGAAGGAAGGAACACUUGGAUAAAGAUUACCAACACAAUCCUCCACCUACAGCAGAAUGCCGACAAGCGCUGUCAUAUCUCCUUGACGAUGUGUCCAGAAUGAUGCAGGAAGGAAGGAAACGACUGAUAGUGGCAUACUGCGAUGAGGCCUCCGGAAGAUUCAAAAGGCAGCACUGGAUAGCACCGGAGGAUGUUAGAAUGGGUGACGUGAUUACUGGUGUUUCAAUUUGUGGAAGGAUCGGGGCACUCCUACGACCCGUCAAUACCCCCUCUGAGCUGGAUGGCCGACCAACGUUCCAGCUGAUCGGCAUCGUAUGGUCACUCGAGAAUUACUAUGAGGAAACUGAUCCCAGUGGUGAAGGGGGAACUUUUCUUAUCCUCUGA